CUUACUCAGCUUCUGACUAAUCGUUCGGGGGCGCGUCCAGAGUAAUGCUUGGAUUUCAGCAGCAACCGCCGGCGAACCAUGGCGUUCACCAACUCCCCACACAUCCCGCACCGACAGACGACAUGGGUCAGCAGCAACAACAGCCGCCACAGCCCGUAGUCGCGCACCAACAACAACCCCAGCCCACACCUUCCCAGCCUCCUCCUGCCCCCACGCGGGGACGGAAGCGCAAGUCCCCGCCGAGCAAGGAUCAGGGCCAACAGCAGCCACCGCCACCCCCAGGCGCCGUCAUGACCGCACCUAUGCCUGUUCCCCUCCCACCACACAUGAUCGCCCAUCUCCCCGGUCCCCUCCCUCCUGGCUUCGUCUAUGCGCCCUCCGACUUUACGCCCGGCGGUAUGCCGCAGCAGCAGAAUGGCGCGUCCAGUCCAGAGGACGGAUCGGUGCAGCUCGAGGUGCAGGUGGAGGUCCCGGUGGACGGGCAGCAGCAGAAUCGCGCUCAAGGCCGCCAGCUCAGCACGAGCAAGCGGGCCGAGCAGAACCGCAAGGCCCAGCGCGCAUUCCGCGAGCGCCGUGACCAACAUGUCAAGGCACUUGAGUCCCGCUCGCAGCUCCUGGACGCUGCCCUCGCCUCCGCGGAUGAGGCGAAUCGCCGAUGGGAGGAGUGUCGCACGCUCGUUGACCAACUGCGCGUGGAGAACGCUGCGUUGCGUGCCGCGCUGAGUCAGGCGCAAAUGCUGCCGCCGGGCGCAACCAUUGUCGUCGGACCGCACGACCAGCAGCAGCAACAGCAACAACAUCCGCAGCAGCAGCCCCAGGACCCUCAGUCCGUAGCCCAGGACGAACAGGACAACGACCCUGUUAUACGCUCGCAGCCGGUACGGGAGGAUGGCGAGCAUGCAUGACCCGUUCUUCGCAAUGUUGUACAAUUAAGUUCAGUCUCGUGGAUUGUUUGGCAGUCGAAUGCAAUGUUAGGGUUUCUUGUUCACCUCGCGUCUGCUUGACAAGUACAUGAGAUAUCCAGGAUCGCACUCGCAAGCUCGAGCCAGAGAGUCCCG